AUGCAAACACCAACGCAAACAAUUGCAACCCACAAGCAUCUGCAUUUAUAUGAAUAUAUAAGCAUCUGCAAUUACACACUUGUAUAUAUACGGGUGGACAAAUGGUGUGGGAUCUGGGCCUAUGGCAUUGAGGAAACGUAUGCAACUUUGACAGAAAACGCACCGAUUCCGGAUGUCUGCGCUGUCAAAGGUCCGCAGCUCGCGUCUGCCGCGCCAAGAGCUGACAAAAAAACGCGCGACACCACAUACCGAACCCUAAACCGGACUGUCCGGGCAACCCUUCCCGGCAACGCCGCUAAGCCCGGUCACGGCUCUGGAGCGGUUGUCCGUGACAGCGGUCCCACUUGCGUGCCCACCACAGUUCUGCUGUCCUGUGGGACGGGGCGGGCGAAGUGGCUGCAAAAAAGGUUUGUCUGCCACGGCCUCCUCCCAGGUGCUGGUGCGUAUUGUCGAAGAGAAUACAUGCAACGCACCCAACUCCACAGCCAUAUUGGCCAGAUAAGACAACCCGCGAACGCGAGCGGGCUGUCGCUCACGGCCCGGUGCUGUGUAACAAGCUUUGGCUUGACUCAUCGGACAAACAAGCCACCGACUGACUCGUGUCAAGUAGGCAGCAGGCUAUGA